GAGCAGCAUAUCGUUGGAAAGAAUAGAGAAGACGAGAUGAACUCCGCAAUGAACGCCACUCGUAGGGCCCUCAUCGCACGGUCGGCCGCGGCCGUCUCGUCCCGCCCGGCUGCUCGCGUCGCGGCGCUGAGCACGGCCUCGAUCUCCCCUCACAAGGCCGAUUCUAAGGUUGCCUCCGCCGCCGCUGCCGCCGCCGCUGCCGCCGCUGCCGUAGCCGCGGUGGUUUAUUCCUCGGAAGACUCGCAAGUCCAGGCUGCCGCUCCUCCCGUCGACUACGCAGCCAUCAAGAAGGACCUUGAGGCCAUGAUGGAGGCGGAGGAUGCUUCCCGAGAGGACGGAACCUCUAUCGCGGGCACCCUGGUCAGGCUCGCCUGGCACGCCUCGGGCACCUACUCCAAGGCGGACGGAACGGGUGGAUCGAACGGCGCUUGCAUGCGCAUGUCGCCGGAGAAGGACUGGGGAGCCAACGCGGGGCUCGAUGUCGCCAGGGAUUUCGUCGUGGGGCUGAAGGCAGUGUACCCGGAAGCUUCGUACGCGGAUAUCUGGACCCUGGCGGGCGCCACGGCCAUCAGCUACAUGGGGGGUCCUGAGAUUACCUGGUACCCGGGAAGGACCGACUCGGACAAGCCCACAACCGUGCCUGACGGCCGCCUCCCCGAUGCCGACAAGGGCACCAUCGGGGGUACGAUCCAACACAUCCGCGACAUCUUCGGCCGCAUGGGCUUCACCGACCGCGAGAUGGUGGCUCUCAUUGGCGCACACGCCGUGGGGCGGUGCCACACCGAAGCGUCGGGGUACUGGGGUCCGUGGACGAACGCGGAGUCGACGUUCUCGAACGAGUACUUCCGUCUGCUGUUGGAGGAAAAGUGGACCAUCAAAACCACACACAACGGAAAGAAGUGGACCGGGCCGGAGCAGUUCGAAGACCCCAGCGGGCAGCUUAUGAUGCUCCACUCCGACAUGGCUCUCGUCUGGGACAAAGACUUCCGCAAGGUGGUGGAGGAAUACACCGCUGACGAGGAGUUGUUCUUCAAGGACUUUGCCGCGGCCUUCGCCAAGCUCAUCUCACUCGGAACCCCGAGUCAGUCAGCCGCCGGCGGCGGGGGCGGCGGGCUGUUGGACUCGUUCCUUGCCAUGAUCGGCUUGGGCAAGUAAUUUAGUUAUAGCAAGAAACGGACGGACGUUGUGUACCGUUUGGUGAGGUUUCCACACCCGCGGUCGGUGACUGUUUUAGAAAGUAUAUUUCAGUCAAGGAGAUAUUUACCUGUUCGAGGUAGUACCACAGUAGUCGAAGGGUAUAGGUUGAAGUCUUGGCAGCAGUGAGUGAGAAGAAAAACCGGCUGCACUGGGGUGUUUUUAGGGGUUUAUUGCACUGAAUUUUUGUCGGUGAUGCCAGCAGGUGCUAACCACAAAAACACUUCAUAGGUGCAAAUAUCAAAUAUCACAAGACAAAUAACUCCCCUGUAGUCUUCUUCUCGAGGAGAAACCCUCUGUUACGUCGUGUGUUGUAGAAAUCUUGCCUUCACAGGAACACGUCGUGGUGUCUGUUGACAACUUGCUGGGUCUAUUUUGCUGCUUUUGAACUACGAUGUACUGCGGCACCUUUCCAAAUCGAGGCGGAUGAACCCCCCUGCUGCUGUGUUUCGGUUGAAUGACGCAUGCAUGUAGCCCCUGCUGUUGCGGGAUGAAUGACUCUGAUGGACUUUUUAACGCCAGAGGUGGUGAGCGUCCGCUGCUGCCCAUGGAGGGGGUUGUGUUGCCCGACUGGGCUCCAGGGAAGGAGGAACGGAUGCCUCUCUUUUUAUUUGUUUGUCUCUGCUGUUCUAGCAGGGCGAGCUUUGUGUUAUUCCCACGCAGUACGUAUCGCCUGUCAGUUGUCUAGGUAAAUGCAGCCGCUUCCGAGACUACAGCAGUAGUAGUGCUGCCAUACGUUCGCGGUUGGGAAUGGAACGGAUGGCGAAGACUCGUGUCUGUUCCAAGUUCUCGUAGGGAGAUGGUGUCUACGGUACGGGUUCAAGAGAUCCAUAUGAAAUCAAUUUUUCACAACGGGUGGGCGUAGACCUACGUUGUCGCCGAAAAGGCUUGAUGUGGGCGUACUCUUGUUGGGUACAAACAAACUUGGAAGUACAGACCGAACAUGUUGGGGUAGCGUAGGGGUAGCUGGCGAGUACAUGGUUAUCAGGAAGAAAGUGCCAAGGUGUGAAAUCUCUACAGCAGUACUCCCUCCGAGAGCGAACGUGCGGCAGCUGUUAAAAGCUGUGCCCCGGCAACCAAAAAAAGAAGGGG